CCCGGAGCCGCCGCCGAGCUCGCUGCCGGGACCGCGCAUCGAGCCCUUCCCCGAAGCGAGAAAGUGGCUUCGCGCCGAGCCCCGGCGGCCCGGGCCCUCUCCCAGACCUCCGCCGCCGGGCCCUGCUGUGACGGUCCCACUGCUCACAUUCGUCGCCGCGCCCCGCGGGCAGCCCGCCAUCGCCUCUCCGCCGGCGGCUUCCCCGCCCGCCGCCUGCCGCCCGGCGCCCGCGGCCUGCGCGACCCUGGGGCCGCCGAGUCAUUCCGCCUGUCCGGUGGCAGCAGGUCUGUAAGUCAAGUGUGUGUUGAAAAAUCAAUCCUGUUCAGAAGUAAUGCUCCUUAUCCAACUUAUACCGUUCCUGUCCCUGAUGGACCUGUUCUGUUCUGUGUGCAGCUGCAUGACUCAAAACUGAACUACUACCAACAGCCACAGGAUAUCCAAGAAUCUGAUUUUUUAAAGUUUUCAGAGAAGUAUGGCAGACACUCUUUCAUAGCACCAUCACAAGUCCAGCCGUCGUUCUCUUCCUUUUACCGGGCUGGGGAUCCAAUCCUAGUCUACUUUGAUUCAUCAUCUGUACUGAGCACACUUAGACAGCCAGUAAAAAUGGGAUCCAGUGGACUUUGUGUUGAUGGAAAUCCUGCUGGCUUCCUGGACAGUAAAAGCACAAGCUGUACUCGGAUUUUUGCCAACUUGAGCAAGAGCUGCGUUACUGACCCUGCCCUAGAUGCUGCCUCCUACUACCGUGACUUCUAUGUGCUAAAGGUCCCAAUUAAUGACACCAUUAUGCAGUCCAUGAAGAUAAACGUCACUGCAGUCGCACCACCUGAAGCUCCCCAGAUGAGAGACAGCACAUGUAUCAACGUUGUUUCUGAGGUGAUCUAUGAGAUAGAAUACAGUGGCACACAUGGGAUUCAGAGUGUUUCUGUCUGGUUCAAAAUGAGCAACAUCUCUGGGAACUCAGGAUCUGCUCUGCAGCAGCGCUUCACUUUGCACUUUUGGACCAGAACUCUUUCUCACACAUUGCCUAGAAGUGGAAACCCUGGCUAUAUCACUGGAGCACCACUGUUGAUUACAAACAGGGGUGCAAUGCAGCAUUCUUGUCAGAUGAGCAUUUUACAGAGUGAAGGUGGUGGAAGUUGCUCACAGUUCCUCCGACACACAGUACAAUUUGGAAGAAAUGUGAGAUCAGGCUGCAAGCUCAGCCUAUCCCCAGUACUGGAAGAAAGUAACUGUAGUUACACCCAGCAGGAGUUGUAUGAGGCUUUUCAGGGGAUGAAGAGAGCAGAGGACCUUGCUAUAACUGGCAGUGCUCAUUCAACCCAGGCAGAACAGUGGGUCACCAUUCUGAUUCAGAACUGCAGUGUGCAGGCUGUGGAUUGCACUUCCUGUUGCAUGAUUCCUUUGACCCUGCAGAUACAGAUACUGUGGACAAAAGUGGGCCUCCUGUCCAACCCACAGGCUCAAAUACUGGGUGCACGAUACCUCUAUCAGUGUCACCCCCUGAAGUUCCUAAACACAAGCACCGUACCUUUGACAACUGUUGUUACCUUCACUGACAUGACGGAAUGGCCAGAACCUCCAAGAGGCCAGCCCCAAGUACACUGGAAACUCCCAUUUGACAUCUUUUUCCCAUUUAAGGUGGCAGUGAAUUUGGAAAGAAGUUACAGAGAUGAUCUGGCUGGCUAUUUUUUCUUGAUUCUAAUAAUCUGUAGUAUUCUCUGCUAUUGAAAAGUUAAAUAGCUGGGUCCUGUACUUAAAGUUUGGUAAGUGAAUUUAUACAUUCAGAAUAUGAUCUAGAUCAGACUUUUCUCUUUGGAUUCUUAUGUUGUGCCUAUGACAUCUCUGUGCCUUCUGCUCUUGGAUUAAGCUACGUGACUAGUUUCUGUCUUGUGUACUCUCACGCCCUAUUAUCUGUAUGCACCAUCUGCAAAUGUUACUGCAGUGAAACACUUGAGAGAUGGAGGGAUGGAGAGAUGUUGCACUGAUGAGGAACAAGGAGGAAGAUGUUGAAAUGAGUAUUUCAUGUUCUCAGAACACAAGAGUGCUUUCUGGAAAAAGGAAUCUGAAGAGAGGAGUAAAGUUCAAUGCAAGCAUCUUGGCAUUGCAUUCGUUCAUCCUCCUGUUGGAGAAGCAUGUGAUUCUUCUACAUGGAACUAACCAAACAUUUAGAAUUCAGGAGUCCUCCCAAGCAGACUGAAGUAUUAUUUUAUGGGUAGACAUGUCUACUGGUGACCUUUUACCUGUCCUUGUUACAUGACAACCACACCUGAGUUUUUUUACUUACUGUUUUACCUUUUCAAAUACAGAUACCCUAUUGAAA